GCAGCCGCGGCGGAGCGGGUGAAGAGAGAGGAGGAGCAGCAGAUUCCUUCACCUCGUCGAUCUCCUCCUCUUCGUCGGAGGCGGCGUAAUCCACCAGCGCUGACAUGUUCGCCUCCUUCAGCUUUUUUUGUUUCUAGACAUUCCAGAUCGAGGCAAACCGAUUCAAGAUUCCUGAUCGAGAUGGACCAAAAGCCGGCGGAGAUCAGCAGCUCCAAGAUGUUCGGCGGCUACAACCGUCGCUUCCGCCACUUCAGCCCCACUCUGGGCUGCGCCAUGACCUUCACCGUCUAUUUCCCCCCGUCCUCUUCCCCUUCCCAGAAGUUCCCGAUCCUUUACUGGCUAUCUGGAUUGUCAUGUACCGAUGAAAAUUUUAUUAUCAAAUCUGGAGCACAGCGAGUUGCUUCAAGUGAGGGCAUCGCUUUAGUUGCUCCUGACACAUCUCCAAGGGGGCUAAAUGUGGAAGGGGAGGCAGAUAACUGGGACUUUGGAGUUGGUGCUGGGUUUUAUCUAAAUGCCACCGAGGAGAAGUGGAGAAAUUGGCGUAUGUAUGACUACAUCAUAAAGGAAUUACCGAAAGUUCUCACUGAAAAUUUCGAACAACUUGACAUCACAAGAGCAUCAAUCUCUGGGCAUUCGAUGGGUGGGCAUGGCGCAUUGACUAUAUACUUGAAAAAUCAGGAAAAAUAUAAGUCAGUUUCGGCUUUUGCACCCAUUGCAAAUCCCAUAAAUUGCCCUUGGGGUCAAAAGGCAUUUUCAAACUAUCUUGGCAGCAAUAAAUCAGACUGGGAGGAAUAUGAUGCGACAUCUUUAGUUGGAAAGACCACCAAUAUUUCAACAACCAUCUUAAUUGACCAGGGAGAGAAUGACAACUUCCUUCACAACCAACUUCUUCCAACUAGCUUUGAGGCAGCCUGCAAAGCUGCAAACGUUCCAUUAGUACUUCGAAUGCAGCCUGGUUACGACCAUUCUUAUUUCUUCAUCUCAACCUUCAUAGACGACCACAUCCACCACCAUGCCCAAGCUCUCAAAUAAAAAUCUACCACCAAUGCUGCUGUUUCUGGACACAGAAGAUGUAUCACUUUUCAUAGCAGUACUUUAUCAGCUUAUCGGUAUGUUUGUGUGCUUGCUUGUUUCAACUGAACCAGGUAUUUCACUCUGUAUUGGCUAAAACUUUCUUUUAAGAGUUGCAGGUCCGUAGCAUGUUUGUUUCCCUACUUUCUUGAUAUUAUGAAAAAUAUGAUUUCACUUGGGAUUUCA